AUGACACUAAAUCAUAGCAAAACAUGGCCUGUAAGCACUCUGGCGGUUGUUCAACUCCGCGUCGAUUCCCACGGGCGCACUUACAGCACAUUUCCGGAAAGGGACUUGGAAAAUCAUUUUUCCACCGAGCAAGUCCUAAUGACUGCGGCAGCGAAAGAAAACGCUAAUAACUUCGAUAUGUCGUUAUCUUUAAACUUGACUGCAAGCAAAUCCGAGGUUCUAACAACGAAACAAGGCAAUGGCGAUGUUAAUGCGAGCGAUACCAAAGAGCCAAAUGUGGAAAACGGUGUCGUGCUUCCUCUAUCCAAAAAGCAUUUAGAGAUGUUCACGAAAAUGUCGUCGGUACCCCAUCAUCCCAGAAUGACUCUACGAACUGAUACGGUGUCUACUAUUCUCGAUCAAGAUAUUGACUAUGAUUCAGAAAAACACCAGGACAACUUAAGUAACAACAACAAGGAGGAAGGCACGAACUCCGUGGUGGAAAAGUUUCACGUGCUGGCGCUGACUCGCAUCGAGGAAUCGGGCGACAACGCGGAUAAUAAUCAAGUGCACGGCGUGGGCCGUCGACCGAGCAUCAAAGUGGACAAUUGGGAUUACAUUUACACGGAAAACAAGGCCGCCGGCAAAUUGCCGCGCUGCCCGGUGCACCGUUGCAACGUGAGCAAAACUGCAGCUUUCGGCAACGGAAACGCGGACCCGAAAGCGAGUUUUUUGCCGGAUCUGCCGUUAGACGCGCGUAAAACAACAACGUUACGGCGGCAUUAUUAUCCGGAAGGCGGCUGGGGAUGGGUGGUGGUUGUGUGUGCAGUGCUAGUGCAUGUACUCAACCACGGAAUACAGCUUUCCUGUUCUCAGCUUGUGGUCCCUGGAGUCGAGAAGUUCAAAGUCGAGUCCGUACAUUUCGCAGGUAAAUUUAAUUAUAAACGCCGUUUAUAA